GCUGGAGCUGUUCCCCCCGCACAGCACAGCCGACUUGCUGCUGGAGAGCCGGGCUGCUGAGCCUCGAUGGAGCAGCCACCAGAGAGGCUGGUGGAGAAGCCCAGCAGUGGGUCUGCAGAACACCCAGAGUCUGGCCCGGGACCCAUCGUCACCCGCACAGCCUCAGGACCUGCCCUGGCCUUCUGGCAGGCAUUGCUGGCCGGGGACGUGGGCUCCGUCUCCAGCAUCCUCGCCGACUCCAGCACUGGCCUGGCACCAGAUUCCAUCUUUGAUACCAGCGACCCAGAGAGAUGGAGGGAUUACCGCUUCAACAUUCGCGCUCUGAGACUCUGGUCUCUGACUUACGAAGAGGAGCUGACCACCCCACUGCAUGUGGCGGCCAGCCGGGGCCACGCGGAUGUUGUGCAGCUGCUGCUGAGGCGGCGGGCAAAGCCAGACGGUGCCCCCGGGGGCCGCACCGCCCUGCAUGAGGCCUGUGCCGCAGGCCACACCGCCUGUGUCCAUGCGCUGCUGGUGGCAGGAGCCGACCCCGACAUCCCUGACCAGGAUGGGAAACGCCCCUUGCACCUCUGCCGGGGGGCUGGCACCCUCGAAUGUGCAGAGCUGCUCCUGAGGUUUGGGGCGAAAGUGGAUGGUCGGUCCGAGGAGAACGAGGAGACCCCUUUGCAUGUGGCCGCCCGGCUGGGCCAUGUGGAGCUGGCAGACUUACUUCUAAGACGGGGUGCAUACCCAGAUGCCCGAGACGCUGAAGGCUGGACACCGCUGCUGGCUGCCUGUGACACCCGCUGCACGCCCCCCACCGCCCCUGAGGCUACCGCAGCCCGCUGCCUCCAGCUGUGCCGCUUGCUGCUCUCAGCUGGUGCCGACCCCGACGCUGCCGACCAGGACAGGCGGCGGCCCCUGCAUCUGGCCUGCCUCCGCGGCUAUGCGGCCAUCGUGGAACUGCUCCUGUCCUGUGGCGUCAGUGUCAACGCCAUGGACUAUGGGGGACACACAGCCCUGCACUGUGCUCUGCAGGGUCCACCCUUGGCCGUGGCCCAGAGCCCAGAGCAUGCAGUGCGAGCUCUGCUCAACCACGGUGCCGUCCGAAUCUGGCCUGGGGCUCUCCCCAAGGUGCUGGAACGCUGGUGCACGUCCCCGCGCACCAUCGAGGUCCUGAUGAACACUUACAGUGUCAUGAAGCUUCCUGAGGAGGCCGCGGGGCUGGUACCUCCUGAAGUUCUGCAGAAGCACCACCGUUUCUACUCCUCCCUCUUCGCCUUGGUGAGGCAGCCCAGAUCGCUGCAGCACCUGAGCCGCUGUGUGCUCCGAGCUCACCUGGAGGCCUGUCUGCCCCACGCCCUGGCCCGCCUUCCCCUGCCGCCCCGCCUGCUCCGCUACCUGCAGCUGGACUUUGAGGACGUGCUCUACUAGAUGAACACUGCACUUUGAGAGAGCCUACAGCAAAUGCCCCAGACUCCAGGGGCUCUGGCCUGCCUCUCACAGUGCACCGAACGCAGGACUGAACUGAACCAACUCAAGCCCAGGUGGCCCUCUCAGCAGGAGGACCAUCUCCCCAGGCAGAGUGGAUGCUGCCAUUCCCACCAGGGAGAGGUGGAUGGACAUGUUUGUUGGAGAGAGAGCUAGGACUCAUGGCAAGUGAUACUCUCCUCUUGGGGGUCUCCUGAGGUCCCCUCUGGACAGUCCAAAUCCUGU